CAAGUAUGAUCAAAUAUCUCGAGUACUUAUUAAUUGAGUUCUCCUUCAGGAAUCUUUGGGAAGGUUAAUUUUUAUGAAUGCCAACUAAACAAAUUACAAAGUUACAUGAUAUUAUAAGAGAGAGAAGGGCGGGGGUUGUAUUUAGUGUGUGUUUUCCGAGUGUCUUAGCGCCACGCAGCCACGGCGGUUGACACUUGUUUUCCAUUUCUCUAUAACACACUCUUCUAAUCUCUGUCUGCUCUGUUUUCCUCUGCCUCCCACCGCCGCCACCGCCACCGCGCAUCUCAAUCGCCAGCAAUGGCAAUUACGGCCAACAACUCAAUUUCCGGCUUAAUUUUUGCAAUGGUUGUUGCUCUUCUGUCAAUUUCCCAGUUCAGCCACUGCACCGUCACAUACGACAGAAAGGCCAUCCUCAUCAACGGCCAAAGAAGAAUCCUCUUCUCCGGCUCCAUUCACUACCCCAGAAGCACUCCUCAAAUGUGGGAAGAUCUGAUUCAGAAGGCCAAAUUUGGAGGCUUGGACGUCGUUGAAACCUACGUUUUCUGGAACGUCCACGAGCCUUAUCCCGGCAAUUACAAUUUUGAAGGGAGAUACGAUUUGGUGAGGUUCAUUAAGACGAUACAGAAAGCAGGGCUGUAUGCGCAUCUUCGCAUUGGGCCUUAUGUUUGUGCAGAGUGGAAUUUUGGAGGAUUUCCUGUUUGGUUGAAGUAUGUUCCGGGGAUUAGCUUCAGAACAGACAACGAAGCUUUUAAGAACGCCAUGCAAGGAUUCACGGAGAAGAUAGUGGCGCUAAUGAAGAGCGAGAACUUGUUCGAGUCCCAGGGUGGCCCCAUCAUCCUCGCUCAAAUUGAGAAUGAGUAUGGUACAGAAAGCAAGUUAUUUGGUUCAGCUGGUCAUAACUACAUGACUUGGGCAGCAAACAUGGCUGUUGGUCUGCAAACUGGAGUUCCAUGGGUUAUGUGCAAGGAAGAAGAUGCCCCUGAUCCAGUGAUAAACACCUGCAAUGGGUUCUAUUGUGAUACAUUUUCUCCCAACAAACCCAACAAACCUACAAUUUGGACAGAAGCUUGGACUGGAUGGUUUUCUGAGUUUGGCGGUCCGUUACAUCAACGACCGGUUCAAGACUUGGCAUUUGCGGUUGCUAGGUUCAUACAGAGGGGAGGAUCCUUAGUUAACUAUUACAUGUACCACGGUGGGACGAACUUCGGGCGCACGGCCGGGGGACCUUUCAUCACUACCAGCUAUGACUAUGAUGCUCCAAUUGAUGAGUAUGGGCUAUUAAGGCAGCCAAAAUAUGGUCAUCUGAAGGAGCUUCACAGGGCUAUUAAAAUGUGUGAGCCAGCUUUGGUUUCAGCUGAUCCUAUUGUUACUUCAUUAGGGAACUAUCAACAGGCUCAUGUAUACUCCUCGGACUCUGGGGGAUGUGCAGCAUUUUUAUCAAACUAUGAUACAAAAUCAUUUGCCAGAGUUUUGUUCAACAACAUGCACUACAAUUUACCUCCAUGGUCGAUCAGCAUCCUUCCCGACUGUAGAAAUGCAGUUUUCAAUACUGCAAAGGUUGGAGUUCAAACAUCACAGUUGGAAAUGUUGCCCACAGAAUCUCCUACACUUUCCUGGGAGAGUUAUUUUGAAGAUAUGUCUGCAUUAGACGACAGCUUGACGAUGACUUCUCCUGGUUUAUUGGAGCAGAUCAAUGUCACUCGAGACACUAGCGACUACUUGUGGUACAUAACUAGCAUAGAUAUUAGUUCAUCUGAACCCUUCCUGACUGGAGAAGAAUUGCCCACCCUGCUUGUUCAAUCCACAGGCCAUGCCGUACAUAUCUUUAUUAACGGCCAACUUUCAGGUUCCGUCUCCGGGACGAGAGAGAGCAGGAGGUUCACAUAUUAUGGGAAGGUUAAUUUGCAUGCUGGGACAAACAAAAUUGCUUUGCUUAGUGUCGCUGUUGGUCUGCCAAAUGUGGGAGGACACUUUGAGACGUGGAACACAGGAAUCCUUGGUCCAGUUGUUCUCUACGGGCUUCGCCAUGGAAAAUGGGACCUAUCAACACAAAAGUGGACUUACCAGGUUGGGCUCAAAGGAGAAGCCAUGGAUCUCAUAUCUCCUAAUGAAUUUUCUCCUGUUGAAUGGAUACAAGCAUCAUUGGCUGCCCAAAAACCUCAGCCAUUGACUUGGCACAAGGCUCAUUUUGAUGCCCCUGAAGGAGAGGAGCCAGUGGCCUUGGACAUGGAGGGUAUGGGAAAAGGUCAAAUAUGGAUCAACGGGCAAAGUGUUGGAAGAUACUGGAUGGCUUAUGCUCGUGGUAAUUGCAGUCGCUGCAACUAUGCUACAACAUUUAGGCCUCCUAAGUGUCAGCUAGGAUGUGGCCAACCUACCCAAAGAUGGUACCAUGUACCUCGGUCUUGGCUAAAGCCAGAACAGAAUCUGUUGGUGGUUUUUGAGGAAGUUGGAGGCAAUCCCUCAAGGAUCUCUAUUGUGAAGAGAUCUGUGACAAGUGUCUGUGGUGAUGUUUCUGAAUUCCAUCCGACUUUCAAGAACUGGCACACUGGAAGCUAUGGAAGAUCAGCAAGAUUUCAUACACCUAAAGUACACCUUAGCUGUGAUCCAGGCCAGUUCAUUUCCUCCAUCAAAUUUGCAAGCUUUGGAACCCCAUUGGGAACUUGUGGGAGUUACCAGCAAGGAACUUGCCAUGCCACAGUCUCACAUGCCAUUGUAGAGAAGAAAUGCAUAGGAAAGCAGAGAUGCGUUGUUACCGUAUCCAACAGCAACUUUGGGCAGGACCCAUGUCCAAAUAUGAUGAAGAGAUUAUCAGUUGAAGCCGUAUGUACUCCCACAACUUCUACAACAACCCAACUGGAGGGGUUAACUUGAUAAAAAUAAAAAGGGGAUAUUUAGCUAUUUAAUCAAUCAUGGAUUAAAUGAUAUGACCAUACACACAGCACUAGCAAGAGUAAGCAAGCAAAGGAAGAGUAAAAGAAAGGAAUGAAGCAAGAGUAGCAGUCUUCUGUCUUCAUCCUGGUUACCUGUACAGCAAAAGGAAAUUAGUUUCAAAUGGUUUAGCAGCUUUUAUACAAUAGUGUUUGUUAGGAAAAGGAGUAUUUGUUUUUGUGUGGGUGAUUGUUCAUUCUAGGGCCCUGGCCCCAAGUUUAAUCUCAAGCUACCUUCCAUUCCAUUUUAGGAGGAAGCACAAAGCUUAAAAGUGAGGUGACAUAUACCUUUAUCUAUUUGUCUUCAUUCUGGGAGCGGAUCCUGGUGUGAUGUGACUGAUUUUAUAGCAUAACAAGAAAAUAGUUGCUUCUCUUAGGGAGCAAAUGUAGAGCAAAACAAUAUAUAUCACUACUUAAUUUAGAAAUGCAAAUUUCAUUGGAUAGACUUGUUUUUUUGGUGAAAUACUUGAUUUAAAAUUGUACAUUGAA